AUGCCCGCUGACGAGGCGCAGGUGCCCAACCAGGCGGAGGUGUAUGAUCGCCUCAAGUGGAAUGGGUGGGGUGCCGAGGGUGUCCAGAUGCAGAUCGACGAAGACAACCCGUUCUGGGUGCGCCACGUGGAUGGAAAGCCCAUCAAAAACUUGCUCGAGUUCCUCUACCAGGAGGUCAGCGGCGGAGUAGGACCAAAGGAGAUCCCGCCGCUGUCGCCGGGCAUCCCGCUAGAGAAGGCACUUGCAAAGCUCAACAAACCGAACAUCAACGAGUCCUUCAUGAAGGACAUCACCGCGGUGCUGGAGAGGAGUCAAGUUCGCCAUGACGGCAAGAGUCGUCUUUGCCACAUUGUGGGCAAAAACUACCGCGACCUGUGGCGUGUGCGCAAUGGCAUGGUCGAGCACGCUCCAGACUGCAUCUUGCUGCCGAACAACCACAAGGACUGCGUCGCGAUUAUGGGGCUGGCGCACAAGCACAACGUGGUCGUUAUUCCUUUCGGUGGCGGCACCAACGUGACGGGCGGGGUCGAGGCAAACCCCUUCGAGCGCGCCCGCAUGAUCGUCUCCGUGGACAUGCGCCGCAUGAACCGCAUGAUAUCGAUUGACCGCGAGUCGCGUCUGGCCACCUUUGAAACCGGUGUGCUUGGCCCCGACCUGGACGAACAGUUGUUCCGCCACGGGUUCAUGUUCGGCCACGAUCCCGACAGCUACAUCUACUCGACCCUCGGCGGAUGGAUUGGUGCACGUGGCAGCGGGGCCAUGUCGAACCAGUACGGCGACAUUGAGGACAUGGUGGUGGCUGUGAAGGUGGUAACGCCAACUGGCAUCAUCGAAACCCCGACCACAUCCCGCACGUGCGGCGUGGACCUGAACGGGCUCUUCAUUGGCUCCGAAGGCGCCUUCGGCAUCAUUACGGAGGCCACCAUCAAGCUGGAAACCAUCCCGGAGACGAAGCUAUACGAGGGGUACCUGUUCCCCACCUUCGAGGCUGGUUUCAGCGCCUUCUACACGUGCACCGCCAAAGGAAUUCAUCCGUGCACGAUGCGCCUGUACGACGAGGACGACUUUCGUAUGAGUAUGGCGAUGAGCACCACCAAGCACAGCUUCCUCGAGCGCCUGGUGAGCGCGGGUGUCAAGUCGUUCCUUGAGAGGUACCGCGGCUGGAACCUGCGCCGCAUGAGCCUAGUGAUCGUCGGCUUUGAGGGAGCACCGGAUCGCGUUAAGUUCCAGCGCAGCGAGACGGCUGCAGUCUUCAAGCAGUGCGGUGGCGUCGGUAUCGGCCGCGGCGCGGGUGACACGUGGCAGGAUAAGAAGUACGACCUGCCGUACAUACGCGACUUCGCCCUGUCUCUCUCGCACUGGGCGGACGUCUUCGAGACGAGCGUUCUCUACUCGCAGGCGAUCCCGUGCUGGCGUGCAGUGAAGGCCGCUGUGCGGCAGGUGUUGAAGGAGCACGGGCUCCGCGGCUGGGUCGGCUGUCACACGGCCCACCAGUACAAGUACGGCUGCUGCCUCUACUUCACCUUCGCGAGUAUGCAAAGGGACGACAUGGACAUGAAGAUAUUCCUCGCCAUCAAGAAGCGCGCGACUGAGGCGAUGCUGGCGCACACCGGAAACCUCACCCACCACCACGGCAUCGGCUACGAGCACGUGUCGUGGGUGAGCCGCUACAUGGGGCCUAAUGCGCUGGACCUCCUCUUUGCUAUCAAGAAGAAAAUGGACCCGAAGAACAUCUGCAACCCUGGAAAGUUGCUGCCCUCGCCUCCGCGGGAGGACGAGAGCGCCGCGGCGCUGAAGGCACGCCAGGAGAGGGAGCUGAUGUUCGACAAGAUGGGUGUGCCAGGCGCCGUCGCGUCGCAUCUUUAA